AUGCGGACCCCGCGAGCGCCCCCUCCUCGCCCGGCCCCACUGCUCCUACUGCUGCUGCUGGGGGGAGCCAACGGCCUCUUCCCCGAGGAGCCGCCGCCACUUAGCGUGGCCCCCAGGGACUACCUGAACCACUACCCCGUGUUCGUGGGCAGCGGGCCAGGACGCCUGACCCCCACAGAGGGUGCUGACGACCUUAACAUCCAACGAGUCCUGCGGGUCAACAGGACCCUGUUCAUCGGGGACAGGGACAACCUGUACCGGGUGGAGCUGGAGCCCCCCACGACCACGGAGCUGCGGUACCAGCGGAAACUGACCUGGCCCUCCAACCCCAGUGACAUCAACGUGUGUCGGAUGAAGGGCAAGCAGGAGGGCGAGUGUCGAAAUUUUGUAAAGGUGCUGCUUCUUCGGGACAAAUCCACGCUCUUCGUGUGCGGUUCCAAUGCCUUCAACCCCGUGUGUGCCAACUACAGCAUGGACACACUGCAGCCCCUCGGGGACAACAUUAGCGGCAUGGCCCGUUGCCCAUAUGACCCCAAACAUGCCAACGUUGCUCUCUUCUCUGAAGGAAUGCUCUUCACCGCCACAGUUACCGACUUCCUAGCCAUCGAUGCUGUCAUCUACCGCAGCCUGGGGGACCGGCCCACUCUGCGAACCGUGAAACAUGACUCCAAGUGGUUCAAAGAGCCCUACUUUGUCCAUGCGGUGGAGUGGGGCAGCCACAUCUACUUCUUCUUCCGGGAGAUCGCGAUGGAGUUUAACUACCUGGAGAAGGUGGUGGUGGCCCGCGUGGCCCGGGUGUGCAAGAACGACCUGGGAGGUUCCCCUCGGGUGCUGGAGAAGCAGUGGACAUCCUUCCUGAAGGCGCGGCUCAACUGCUCUGUGCCUGGGGACUCCCACUUCUACUUCAACGUGCUGCAGGCCGUCACGGGUGUGGUCAGCCUGGGGGGCCGGCCCGUGGUCCUGGCUGUUUUCUCCACCCCCAGCAACAGCAUCCCCGGCUCGGCUGUCUGCGCCUUUGACAUGACUCAGGUGGCCGCUGUGUUUGAAGGCCGCUUCCGUGAGCAGAAGUCCCCUGAGUCCAUCUGGACACCCGUGCCGGAGGAUCAGGUGCCACGGCCCCGACCCGGGUGCUGUGCAGCUCCUGGCAUGCAGUACAACGCCUCCAGCGCCUUCCCCGAUGAGAUCCUCAACUUUGUCAAAACCCACCCCCUGAUGGACGAAGCGGUGCCCUCUCUGGGCCACGCGCCCUGGAUCGUGCGGACUCUAAUGCGGCACCAGCUGACGCGAGUGGCUGUGGACGUGGGCGCUGGCCCCUGGGGCAACCACACUGUUGUCUUCCUGGGCUCCGAGGUGGGCACCGUCCUCAAGUUCCUCAUCUGGCCCAACGCCAGCACCUCGGGCACCACUGGGCCCAGUGUCUUCCUGGAGGAGUUUGAAACCUACCGACCAGACAGGUGUGGACGGUCGGGCAGUGGCGAGGCAGGGCGGCGGCUCUUGAGCCUGGAGCUGGACACAGCCUCAGGUGGCCUGCUGGCAGCCUUCCCCCGCUGUGUGGUCCGCGUGCCCGUGGCCCGCUGCCAGCAGUACUCAGGGUGCAUGAAGAACUGUAUCGGCAGUCAGGACCCCUACUGCGGGUGGGCCCCUGAUGGUUCCUGCAUCUUCCUCAGCCCUGGCGCCAGAGGCACCUUUGAGCAGGACGUGUCCGGGGCCAGCACCUCAGGCUUAGGGGACUGUACAGGACUCCUGCGGGCCAGCCUGGCAGAGGAGCGCGCCGGGCUGGUGUCGGUGAACCUGCUGGUGACGUCGUCGGUGGCGGCCUUCGUGGUGGGCGCCGUGGUGUCCGGCUUCAGCGUGGGCUGGUACGUGGGCCUCCGCGAGCGGCGCGAGCUGGCGCGCCGCAAGGACAAGGAGGCCAUCCUGGCCCACGGCGGCGGCGAGGCCGUGCUGAGCGUGAGCCGGCUGGGCGAGCGGUGGCCCCAGCGGCCUGGGCGUUGGCUGAGCCGGCGCCGGGGCUUCCAGAAGGCCCAGGGGCCUCCAAGGUGCCGGCUAGGAGUUUGA